AUCGGUUUACGUUUUACGUAUGGAAAAUUUUACUCUCAAGUUCGAUCACGAUUCUCAUAGACAAGAUUUAUAUCCAAGACAUGAUGCCGGUUCAUUGGGAUUUAUCGAUAGACAUCGUUUUAGGAAGAUUCUAAGUUGGUAUUGUGCAAAUGCUCCACUUGCAUUGAAUUACGAUUUCAGAGAUGUCUGCAAUAUUACCAUUUCUGUUGGUGAUAUGUAUCUCACUAGUCAGUACAGAACCACCAGUGAAUUCCUAUCUGCCGCCAUCAAAUGGAGGUCCUAGUGAAACAUACGGUCCUCCGGGAUACCAACCUGGAACUCCUUUAGGAAAUGGCAACGGCAAUGGAAACGGCAAUGGUAAUGGAAACGGUAACAAAAACGGAAAUGGAUCACCACCAGGAAUAGUAUAUGGCCCUCCAUCUAACGGAAACGGCAAUGGGAAUGGUCACAGUAAUGGUAACGGCAACGGAAAUGGAGUAGGAGGUAAUGGAUAUAACCCUGAAAGUGACCAACUUCCUGGAACUAGCUAUCUCCCGCCUUCCAAUGGUAAUGGUAACGGCAAUGGAAACGGUAAUGGCUAUGGAAAUGGUAACGCCAAUGGUAAUGGCAACGGUCGUCCAGGUUCCUCUUACCUUCCACCAGCAAAUGGAAAUGGCAGACCUUCCACAACUUAUGGUGCGCCUAGUAACGGCAAUGGUAAUGGUCACAGCAAUGGAAACGGAGGAAAUGGUAACGGCAAUGGAAGACCGAGUUCGACUUAUGGUGCUCCACUCAAUGGCAACGGAAAUGGUAACGGCAACGGGAAUGGCAACGGCAAUGGUCGUCCAGGUGCAAAGUAUUUACCACCAUCAAACGGCAACGGUAAUGGUAAUGGCCUUCCAGCACCUGUUUAUGGUCCACCUACUAACGGUAAUGGCAAUGGUAAUGGCGCACCAAAGAAUGGAAAUGGUUACAGCAAUGGUAACGGUCGACCAGGAGCAUCAUACUUGCCUCCAGGAAACGGUAAUGGUAACGGUCACCCCACCAACGGAAACGGCAAUGGCAACGGCAACGGAAAUGGCAGACCAAGCAGCACAUAUGGAGCUCCACUAAACGGUAAUGGCAACGGAAAUGGCAAUGGAAAAGCAGCCAACGGAAAUGGUAACGGACGUCCAGCACCAGCUUAUGGCCCACCCACAAAUGGCAACGGUAAUGGCUACAGCAAUGGCAAUGGAAAACCAAGCAGUUCAUAUGGAGCUCCACUCAAUGGUGUCCCACCUACGAAUGGCAACGGUUACUCGAAUGGAAAUGGCAACGGCAAUGGAAACGGAACUCCUGCGCCUGUUUAUGGUCCACCAGCUAAUGGAAACGGUAACGGCAAUGGCAAUGGUUACGCAAAUGGAAAUGGCAAUGGAAAAGCCAAUGGUAAUGGAAGUCCAAAACCUGUGUACGGUCCACCUGCAAAUGGAAAUGGCAAUGGCAAUGGUUACGCGAAUGGCAACGGAAAUGGCAAUGGAAAAUCCAAUGGUAAUGGUUACGCGAAUGGCAACGGAAAUGGCAACGGAAACGGAAUUCCUGCACCUGUGUAUGGUCCACCAGCUAAUGGCAAUGGCAAUGGCAAUGGUUACGCGAAUGGCAACGGAAACGGUAAUGGAAAAUCCAAUGGUAAUGGUUACGCGAAUGGCAACGGAAAUGGCAAUGGAAAAUCCAAUGGUAAUGGUUACGCGAAUGGCAACGGAAAUGGCAACGGAAACGGAAUUCCUGCACCUGUGUAUGGUCCACCAGCUAAUGGCAAUGGCAAUGGCAAUGGUUACGCGAAUGGCAACGGAAACGGUAAUGGAAAAUCCAAUGGUAAUGGUUACGCGAAUGGCAACGGAAAUGGCAAUGGAAAAUCCAAUGGUAAUGGUUACGCGAAUGGCAACGGAAAUGGCAAUGGAAACGGAAGUCCUGCACCUGUUUAUGGUCCACCAGCUAAUGGAAACGGUAACGGCAAUGGUAACGGUGGAUAUCCUAGUGGAGGACCCAAUGGUGGAGGAGAAGAAAAUGGGGCACCUGCGAAAUACGAGUUCGAGUACCAAGUGAACGAUCCAGAAAGUGGGAACGAUUUUGGUCACAAGGAGCAGAGAGAUGGAGACCUAACCACAGGCGAGUACUACGUAGUACUGCCGGACGGCAAGAGGCAGCUUGUGCAAUAUGAAGCAGACACUGAUGGAUACAAACCAAAGAUUAGCUACGAGGAAGUAGGAAACGGCAAUGGCAAUGGUAAUGGUGGAUACCCAAGCGGAGCACCCAAUGGUAAUGGAGGAUAUCCCUCGAACGGUAACGGCAACGGAGGCUACCCAUCCAACGGUAACGGCAACGGAGGCUACCCAUCGAACGGUAACGGUAACGGAGGCUACCCAUCGAACGGCAACGGUAAUGGUAACGGUAACGGAAAUGGUAACGGAAAUGGAGGCUACCCUUCAAUCAGUAAUGGCAAUGGAAACGGUGGUUACCCAUCAGGGAGUAAUGGUAACGGAGGAUAUCAAUACUGAUUGUUCAAACGCAGGGUUAUUUUCUGAUAGGGUACAUGAGUUGAUGAAAGUAUUGGGCUUGUGCGAAAUAGGUAUAGUAAUGUGAUGGAUCUGCGAUUUUUGUAUUCAAUAUUGUUCUGAGUGGGUUUGAAUAACCUGAAAUUAUACGCUUAUGAAUCUGUAAGGAAUUGAGUAUUAACUAUAGUUGUAUUCCGCAUUGAUACUGAAAUAUUUGGGAAAUCUUGAUGAAAAACAUCUUCAUUUAGC